CUUUGUAUGUUUCUUUCUCUCUCUCUCGUCAGUUCUUGCUUACUGAGUCAGUUACUCCUGGGUCAGCACUCCACAUCUGAGUAAGCAUAUAGAUUAAAGCACUUCUCUAGUCUUCUAUACCACUGGAACACGCUCCUCCCAGUCCAGGCAAAAAUUGCGUUGAGUAUCCAUUUUAUUUGAUGAAUCUUGAAGCUUUAUUUUGAGGAGUUUGUGCUGAUUCUUAAUGCUGGAAAUAACGAUGUCCAUAAAUCAGACUUUCCUAGUGCAGACUUUUGGACAACUGCGUGGUUGUUUUGUUUUUGGGGUUUUUUGUAAAAUGUGGCUCAGAGUCAAUUCCUCCACCGCCCGAACUCAGACGAAUCCUGGAAUGCAUUGUUAAUGAAGUGCAAUGAUGUCAGAGAGGGAACAAAGACCAGAGCCACUAUAGAAACGCCAGACCAAAAUAGAGCAGCCCUCCUAAAACCACCAACGCUCAGAGACUGGUUUCGUUUGCCGCUGUGGGUGCAAGACAACUUUGAUCGAAUGGACUUCAACAAGAUGUGCUGGACUCUGUGUGCCAGGAAGAACCUCAACAGAAACCACCUGCUUAUUGCUGAUGAUGAUGCCUUUAAGAUCUGGUGUAUAUUCAACUUCCUGUCAGAGGAACGGUACCCUUUGGUCAUAGUUACAGAGGAGAUCGAGUACUUCCUGUGCAAGCUUACAGAGGCGAUGGGGGGUAGCUGGAUCGAGGAGAAGUUCGAGGACUACAGGGGGCAGCUGAGCGAAGGGCAGCAGUGCCUGACCGCCUGGGAGCUAAUUGAACUGGUGGGCACAGGCCAUUUCAGCAAGGGCAUGGACCGCCAGACCCUCUCCAUGGGCAUCAGUGAGGUCUUCCAGGAGCUGAUUCUGGACGUGCUGAAGCAGGGUUACAUGAUGAAAAAGGGCCAUAAGCGUAAGAACUGGACGGAGAGGUGGUUUGUGCUCCAGCCCAGUUCAAUCUCCUACUAUGUGGGCGAGGACCUGACAGAGAAGAAAGGAGAUAUACACCUAGAUGGGAACUGCUGUGUGGAGUCAUUACCGGAUAAGGACGGGAAGAAGUGUCUCUUCUUUGUCAAGUGUUCAGACAAAAGUUACGAGAUCAGCGCCUCAGAUAAGAAGAAGAAGCAGGAGUGGAUUCAAGCCAUUCAGACGUGUAUCUCUCUGCUGAAGGUGGGCCGGCCUGCCCCGCACUGCGAGGCCCGGCAGAAGCGUCGUGAGCUGAGGCAGAAGCAGCAGGCAGAACAGGAACAGCUGGAGCUCAGGAUGAGGGAGCUCCAAACAGCCAAUGAGAGCAAACAGAGAGAGCUGGAGGCCAUGAAGAAGAAACUGGAGGAUGCCGCAGCCAGCGCCGCGGAGGAGGAGCAGCGACGUCUACAGACCCAGAACGAGCUGGAGGAUCUUUACAGAGCUGAAAUGGCUAAGGAGAGAAUGGUACGGCUACAGAUGGAGGAGCAGGUGGCACAGAAGUCCAGCGAGGUGGAGGUGUAUCUGCUACGCGUGCGGGAGCUGGAGGACAUGUACCACCGCUUGGAGGAGGCUCUGGAGGACGAGAGGCAAGCCCGGCUGGACGAAGAGACCGUGCGUAAACUGCAGGCCAGGAUCCUGGAGGAGGAGUCAGCCAAGCGGCUGGAGCUGGAACAGAUGCACCUACAGCAGCAGCAAGCUAUCACACAGACGCGGGCCGAGAAGGAGGAGCUGGAACGUGAGCGGCUGGCCAAGGAGAGCGCCCUGGAGGCAGCCGCGCAGCAGCUGGAGAGGCUGGAGGCCGAGAGGCAGGGGGCGCUGGAGCAGUACCAGGAAGUUAUCAAGAAACUGGAGGAUGCUGCCAAUAACACAAAGAGCUGGAAGGACAAGGUGGCCCAACAUGAGGGACUCAUACGUCUUAUACAGCCUGGGUCCAAGGCCCCACAGAAGAUCACUAACUGGGGCCCCGCAGCAUUCACCGAAGCAGAGCUGAGUCUGAGAGAGAAAGACUGGCAGGAGAGGAAAAGCAGGACCGCUCACCCUCAGUGAGCGCCCCCCCAGUGGGUGUGCUCGGCACUGCAGGGCUGCUCCACCCAAGUGCGCGCCCCCCAGUGGGUGUGCUCGGCACUGCAGGGCUGCUCCACCCCAGUGAGCUUGCUCACUGCUGCAGGGACACUUUUUCUGACUCCCUGUACAUGCAACCACUACUGAAGGUGCACAGCUGAUCUGUGUCCGAAUCUACUAAAAGGGACCAGUGUGAGAGCCUGCCUGACUGCAGAGUAAACUCUAAUCCCAAGGCAUCUGUUACCAUUCCAGUCAUACUGUAACAUUCCAGGUCAUGGCGUCACCUUUUUAGGGGAUUUUAUGCAUCUGAAUUUUAAGUUCUGCACUCUGUAUGAAUAUGUUAAUUUAGUUGUAUUUUUUUGCCAAAGUGAUGACUGUUUUCACACAGAAAUCACAAGUUUAAAAAAAGUAAAAAGUGUUUGUACAGUAAAAAGCAGAAAAAAAGUUUGUUGACCAAGAUGUGUCAAAUAAAACAUCUCAAGGAACGUAA